AUGGGCACAAGAGCAGAGCAGCUACAGACGCCAUCAACAGCAAUCAAAGAGACCAAAGAAAGCUCCGAUCACAAGAUGCCUCUCUCCCCAACCACUAAAUCGCCGCCUCCAUCCUCGAACCCGAACACAAACCCCGGUUCCAGUCCUGGUGCUGCAGGACAGUCCCGCUGGGUCCCAAUGCCCUGCGAGCCAACCAGAAUAAGCACCACGAGGAAAAACCCAUCCAUAGAAAGGUUCCUGGGCAGCUCUCAUGGACAUUUCGUGCGCGGCGUAUUUUCCGCAACCAGCGACGGUUCAUCCGCGCAAGGCUCAGGAACCGAAAGUGGACUUCCAUCCGCUUCGAAUCCCACACCGAAGUCAUUCAGCCGCUCGACUGUUGAAUCUUUACUUGCUGUGUUGAGUAAGAUUGGAGUCUGGUACUUGAAUAUAAUCACUGCACUUUUCGGGGUUGAUGCUUGGGCAAGAUUGAUGCAGCGGACUGCAGAGAUAAUACCCAGCACUGAGAGUGCUGUAGCUGCAGCACCUCCGGAUGUCAUCAAGACUGUACCAAUGCCACUGUUUCCAAUCCGUGUAUUCUACGGGAAGCCUCCUCCGUUUUCUCUUGAAGCACAAAAGCGCAAGAUGCGCUGGAGAUACCGUUGGUUUUUUGACCUUGCCCCGGAAAUCAUCCAGCAGCCAGAUAUCCAGCGCAUCCAAGAGACCGUUCAACAGUAUAUUGAUUUCAUCGCCCCAGAGACGGAAGCAAUUUCCGUGGAAUUGUUGGCGCAAGGAGCUUUCAAUCAAGCAUACAAUAUUACUGCCGAGAACAAGGCUACAGGGUUUUGCAAGGAAUACGUCUUCCGUGUUGCGCUACCUAUCUAUCCCCAUUACAAAGUUGAGAGCGACGUCGCCACGACCGAAUUCGUCAGGCAUACGACUACUGUGCCUGUCCCCAUCAUUUACGCUUUCGAUUCUUCUCCGAGCAACAAGCUUGGCUUCGAAUGGAUGCUUAUGGAGAAGGUCAAAGGGGUAUCACUCUACGACGUAUGGGAUACGAUGGGGUACAGUACCAAGCAGGAGCUCACCAAAGUUGUUGCAAAGUGGAUGGAUCAGCUCUCGCGACUCAAAUUCAACACAACUGGUUCUCUCUACUGCCGUCUAAGAGCUCGUCAGAUGGAGUUCUACAUGGGACCUACGUUACAUAGCCGACUGUACGAAGGUGAUAGGCUUCUGCAUGACAUUCACCGAGGACCUUUUGAAUCACUCCUUGCCCUUUAUGAUGCAGUGCUCGAUGCAACAGAGAGACACAUUAAUGAUCCCAGACAUAGCGCUCGUCUUGCGCUGGAAGCUGCGAUGUCUGACGAAGAACCGUCGAGUUCGGAAGACGGAUCAUCUGAUAAUCCUCAGCAAGCUGGCCAGAAGUCUGAAGAAGAGAUUUUGGAUGAAGCAGACGAGGAGGACCGAAGGAAUGAGCGACACUACGGCGUUACAGAGGUCAAUCUAUCGUGGCUACCCGAGGAGCUACGAACCUAUAGGAAUCUACUACCAAAACUGUGCCCGUCUACCCCCGAGCCGAUGAUUACAAUGCUCACGCACCCUGAUCUUUCGACCCCAAACAUUUUCGUCAACGAAUCUGGCGUACCAGUGGCUCUGAUAGACUGGGAAAGAGCUCGGAUCGAGCCAACUGCCCUUUUCAACGCCUUGCCACAAUUCUUGACCAAUGACUUCGGUAACGACCCAGACUACUUCUACGUCCCUACAGGGCCUACGAUUAGCGGCGAAAAAAAGCGACCUAAGGUCUACUUCUACGGGGAUGACCAUCUGGCACGAAUAAGGGGCCAGAGUGAAAAGACCUAUACGCAGGUCAUGGGCAGGAUUCAGAAGACCCACCUUCGCGCACUCUAUCAAGAAGAGCUGAAGCGAUUGCAAUCUCCGAUAUGCAAGGCCUUGAAUCGAGACCCAGAGAGCUUAGAGCAGCAGCUGAUCAGCCGAAUCUACUGGCCAGACAAUGCACCGCCUAACUCUGCUACCGACUGGGCGGUAGAGCAUCUUGGCGAGUCAAUCCUGGCUGACUCGAAUCAGGAGCACGCUAAUGAAGACGAAGAGGAGCUCGAGGAAGGCGGAGAAAAACGAGAUGCAUAA